CGAACACCACCUUAGUUCCAAUUGCUUCCUUAGUUCCUUGAAUCCUACUGUGGAUGCGAUAGUGUGCUGCGUGCUGCUACAUACUUGAUUCAGUCGAAUUCUCUCCAGGAGUGGUAAAUAUUUUCUGUAAUCUCUUACAAUUUCCAGCUAUUUUGCCCAAUUGUGUUUGUGUGUGUGCGUGUGUGUGUUUGGCGACGAUGGCGGGAGUGGGACUAGCUUCCAUGGCGAGAGUGCAACUGGGGAACCAAGGAUUAGAGAUGUCCUCGCCACUGCUAUGAACUUGAAUCGCCAUUGCACCAGUUCACCGUUCCAAUUUGAAGUAUCUUUCUUCAGGUGUCGAAAAUUGGCUAUGGCUGCAUGGGUCUCACUGGAGUCUACAAUUCUCCUGUCUCAUUGGAGGAUGGAAUUGCAAUACUCACAGAGGCAUUCAAUCUAGGCAUUACUUUGUUCGACACUGCUGAUAUUUACGGCACAAACUCGUCGAACGAGCGCUUGGUUGGCAAGGCCCUGAAGCAGCUGCCUCGGGAUCAAAUUCAGCUAGCAACAAAAUUUGGUUUUUAUGCGAGCACGAGCUCUGGAUUCGUGAUUAAAGGAACUCCUGAGUAUGUCCGAUCUUGCUGCGAGGCUAGCCUUGAACGCCUUCAAGUGGACUACAUUGAUCUCUACUAUAUACACAGAAUCGACACCACAGUGCCCAUUGAGGAUACUAUGAGAGAACUUAAAAAACUAGUCGAAGAAGGGAAAAUCAAGUACAUUGGUCUGUCCGAAGCUAAUGCAGACACCAUCAGAAGGGCGCACGCAGUUCAUCCCAUAACUGCAUUGCAAAUGGAAUAUUCUCUUUGGACUCGCGACAUCGAAGAAGAUAUCAUUCCCCUCUGCAGAGAACUUGGGAUUGGUAUCGUGGCAUACAGCCCGGUUGGUCGUGGCCUUUUUGGUGGGAAGAAAGCCGUGGAAAGCGUACCUGAAAGUAGUUUCUUGAACACUCACCCGAGGUUUACGGGGGAGAAUUGGGAGAAGAACAAAGCCAUAUACUUUCAUAUAGAAGAAUUGGCUAAGAAGCACAGCUGUACUCCGGCUCAACUAGCACUUGCUUGGGUUCUCCAUCAAGGAGAUGAUGUCGUGCCGAUUCCUGGAACAACUAAGAUUAAAAAUCUUCGAGACAACGUUCAUGCCGCGAGUGUGAAACUGACGAGCGACGACUUGAGAGAGAUCGACGAGGCAGCUCCUGUGAGGGAAGUUGCUGGAAUUUGCACGAGUGAGGCCCUUUACAAGGUCUCAUGGAGGUUUGCUGAUACCCCACAUCCGAAAAUCCGGUAAGCAUUGCUGAUUGUAAACUUGAUUUUGUUCAUGUGUGAUCGAUCUCCGGACACUAUGAAGUUUUCAGACAUCAUAUAUUGUAUUUAUACAUGCUAUACACCUUGUGUUGCUGUAAUUUGUUUUCUGCAAUUGCAUUAUAUGGCUGGUUAAUUACAUUACCAAAAACUUUGUAUAUCGUUAAUAAUAAUACGGUGCUGAAAAACUAUUGAAGA